AUGGAUUUACCAGGGAUUAGACAGAAGAAUAUACGUGAGAUGGUAGAAUCUAACGAUGGACCUUGUGGUGGGCAACUUGGCAAAAUCUUGUCCUCUUCUUUCUACAACAACAAGUUAUCUUUGAUUAUGUCGGAUCACAAUCGGAAUCCCAAGAGAACAAAAAACUUGUUCUCUUUUUUUAAGAAAAAGAAUGAUGGGUCAUCAUCUAGUACAUUGCCUUCUAGCUCUUCUUUAUCUAUUCCAAUAUGUGAUGAGCAAAAUCUUCCCGAGUCUCCUAUUAUCAAGCCUCAAGUUGAAAGAAUUGAAUAUGAAAGAGUCGAUGAUUAUCAUGAUUUUAAUAUCAAUUAUCUUGAGCGUGAUCCGGGAUUACGUCGUCUAAUAUGCACAUAUCCGGUGAAUGAACAAGAUAAUGUGCGAAAAGCAUAUAUUCUUUUAGGACCAUGUCAACCUGAGUUAGAAGAUUAUCCAAGCCACUUAGAAGGGCGGGACUUUCGUCGAUUUAAUAAAAAGUGGUUUGGUCAAUUCACUUGGCUUGAGUAUUCAAUUGCUAAGAAUAAGUCACAUCCAACCUUUAUUGUUGAUGGGUAUCAAAAAUGGAAGAGAAUUGGUGGGAAUCAAUGUGCAUUUCAACAUCAUAUAGGCAAGUUAAAUUCACCACAUCAUCUUGCUAUGCAAAAGUGGAUUAGCUUAAAAACUCCAUCUCUUCAUAUUGAAAAAGUGGUAGAGAAGCAAUCAAAGCAACAAGUGAUGGAAAAUCGGUUGCGACUUACGACCACAAUAGAGGGCAUUAGGUACCUAGCGAAUCAAGCAUUGGCUUUUCGGGGCCACGAUGAAUCCGUUGACUCAUCUAAUGGGGGCAAUUUCAUUGAAAUCAUAAAGUCUUUUGCAAGAAUGAAUAUAGAAGUUGAGAAAGUUGUCCUUGAUAAGGCUCCUCAAAAUGCUCAAUACAUUGCGCAUGACAUACAAAAGCAAAUCUUACAUAUUUUUGCUAACAAGGUGAGGAAGACAAUUUGUAAGGAACUUGGGAAGAACAAAUUUUGUCUUUUAGUUGAUGAAUCACUUGAUGAAUCUGGUAAGGAACAAAUGGCUAUUAUUCUAAGAUUUGUUGAUUGUGAUGGAUUUAUUCGUGAGCGCUUCUUCGAUAUUGUGAGUGUUGUAGACACUAAUGCCUUGACUCUUAAAAAAGAGAUAUGCAAAGUGCUUGGUAAUAACGACAUUCUAGUGGAAAACAUGCGUAGUCAAGGGUAUGAUGGUGCUAGUAAUAUGCGUGGUUCAUGGAAUGGCUUACAAGCAUUAUUUCUUCAAGAUUGUCCAUAUGCAUAUUAUGUGCAUUGCUUUGCCCAUCGCUUGCAAUUGGCAUUAAAUGGUGCAGCUAAAGAUGUGAAAGUUUUAUAG